UGUGUCUUUAUUUAGAUCUGUAUAAAAAUAAUGUUUCUACUUAAAAAUAGGUGAACAACAUCAGGGACUGUUAUUUGUGUUAUUUUGUGUUGCCUAUGGCUACAGGGAACAUGGAAAUCACGGCUGAGUUUGUUACAGGUCUCCGGGUUUAUAGAAGUUUCUCUUCGUUUUUUUGUUUAUAGGAAUCCAUAGUGUGUAAAACGAUGCUUCCGGUAGAAACGAAGGAUUUUGUGUAAACUAAGCUUUUUCGUUUUAAGCUUUUUUUUUUCUUUUUUGAGGAAAAGAAGUUACAUGUAAAAGCGCACCCGUGGACUACUGCACAAGAAAACACGGAGAAAAACGCAUGUCUUUGAUGAAGAAACGUAUUGAUUAAAUACUUAAAAAAAAACAGUAGGUGAGAUGCUCUGACAGAUAAUUUACGUGAUUGUGGAGGCAAGGCAACAGCUGUCAGUCAGAGCGCGCGACCCCCUCCCCUCUUCACGGCUCGCGCUGCGUGUGCACGCAAUGCGCAUGACCGUCAAGAGCGAACCGCACGGACGAGGGAAAUUUAAAAAACGGUUUUUUCUUGCGGGACAACAAGUGCCCCGACCAACAGUAGAGCUUUCCUCUUUCUCGUUAUCCAAGAUUAUCCAUACCCCAGAACAACUUCACCAUUAACAGAAGAUGAUUGAAAGUGGAAUUACAACCAGGAUGUCAGGAAUUCAUGAAAACCCUGUACAAAGUCACCACACCUCGGCACAAGACUACAGACUCCUGACUACAGACCCUUCGCAGCUAAAGGACGAGCUGCCUGGUGAUCUUCAGUCCCUGUCCUGGCUCACCUCUGUGGAUGUUCCCCGACUGCAGCAGAUAGGAUCUGGACGGCCCGAUUACGCCAGUUCUGCUCAGAACAGCUUGCUGGAGCGGCAGACAGCUCAGCUGAAUAGCAUGACGGUAGCUGGAGGAGCAGGAUCUGCGAUUCAUCUACAGAGUGAAAUGCAGCACAGCCCUCUGACCAUCAGUAGCAUGCCCCAGUUUUCCCCUGGGUUUCCGUGUGCUGCAUCAGUGUACCAGACCACCCCUCAACAAGUGCUCACUUUUACUCAAGCAAACCAACAGUGUUCUCCCGGUGGACUUUAUGGAAACUACAACAGCCAAAGUCUGUUUCCUCAACCCCGUAUUACUGCUCACAACCAGGACUUGCAGCCCAAGACUUUUCCUAAACCUAUCUACUCCUACAGCUGUCUGAUUGCCAUGGCUUUGAAGAACAGCAAAACGGGCAGCCUUCCUGUUAGUGAGAUCUACAGCUUUAUGAAAGAGCACUUUCCUUAUUUCAAGACAGCACCUGAUGGAUGGAAGAAUUCUGUACGCCACAACCUGUCCUUGAACAAGUGCUUUGAGAAGGUGGAGAACAAGAUGAGCGGCUCCUCCAGAAAGGGCUGUCUUUGGGCACUCAAUCCUGCAAAGAUCGAUAAAAUGGAGGAAGAGAUGCAGAAAUGGAAACGCAAAGAUCUCCCAGCCAUCCGUCGCAGCAUGGCCAAUCCAGAUGAAUUAGACAAACUCAUAACAGACAGACCGGAGAGCUGCCGGCAAAAGUCCAUUGAUACUGGCAUGACACGCUUGCCCAGCUGCCCACCAGGGCAGACCCUCCCAAUACCAGCACAGAUGCAGCCCCAACCAGUGGUCACUCUUUCUCUACAGUGCCUCCCUAUGCAUCAGCACCUUCAGCUGCAGCUCCAGAAUCAGUCUCGUUUGGCUCCGGCCUCCCCUGCUCCUGCUCAGACACCUCCUCUCCACACUGUCCCUGACCUGACAAACAGCUCCCUCCCCCAGCAUCCUGCCAAGCAGCACAGCGACUUCUACACACUUCACACUGACAUGAAUUCAGAGGUGGACGCACUGGACCCAAGUAUUAUGGACUUCUCUUGGCAAGGAAACCUGUGGGAGGAGAUGAAGGAUGACAGCUUUAACCUAGAGGCAUUAGGUACACUCAGUAACUCCCCACUUCGGCUGUCUGACUGUGACCUGGACACCGGCAAUGUCACACCUGUGUCCAGUGCAGGAGGACUGCCUUACCCAGACCUGCAGGUGACAGGCCUCUACUCUUCAUACUCAGCUGUGGAUGCCCUUUCUAACCAGUACAUGAACACACAAGCAGGAACAAAGCCUAUCGUUUUGCUUUAAUUGCACCCACAAGAACUAGCUGAGCUUUACUUCACAGGACCAUCUUUUAAAGCUUUCAAUCCUAGACACAGAUUUGUUCAGAGGCAGCCAAAAAUAUUUGCAACAUCAGAAAGACAACAUUAAGAUAUCCUGAACUGAAAUGAGUGGCAUUUAUGGUGACGUCACAGUAUUCAAACUGACUAUAUUAAUUGCAUUGAAUGCAUUGGGUUUGAAGGGACCAAAUCAGAAAUUAUGUUUUUUAGAGAAUUUGCAUGGUGAGAGUGUGAAUGAUAAAAAGUUUAAAGAUUUCCUAUAACAGUGCAGUCCAGUGCAGAUCGUGUGGCCAAACAUAAACUUACAAACAACAGUGUUGUUAUAAUUAUACACCUUAUGUGAAUUGCAAGUUAAUACAACACUUAAGGAACAAAGAUCAAAACAAUAGGAAUUAUGAUUUUGGGUGUUGCCAAGCUUUUUUCUGUAUCAUAAAAGGAACUUGUUUUCUAUGUAACUGUUAGCCUUGUAACUGUAGUAGUGUGUCUUUUGUUGUACUGUGAUAGACACUGUAUCUGCUCUUUAAUGUUUGUUUAUUAUUUAUAUUUAUGAAAAGAGCUGAAAUGGUGACAUGAAUCAUUUUUUAUUGUACAUAUCUAAAUAUUUCAAA